AUGCUGGCGGUGCUGGCUGGCGGUGCUGGCGGUGGCCUGGGGAGGUUUGCUUGCUUGCUUGCUUGCUUUGCUGCUCGCCCGCGAUCGAGGUUGGCUGACCCGGCGGUCGGUUGGGUCGAUUUUCUUUUCUCUCUCGCUCCUCUCUGCCUGUCGCUCUGGGCUCUGGCAAGGAAAAAGCAACGACGAGUCGACAGCCGAACGAACCUCAGGCACAAGCCAGCGGACAGCGCAGAGCCAGCGCCAGACGCAGCGCCCAGCGGAGAGAGACGAAACAAGCAGCUUAUCAGGGACUGGCGACGGGCUUUGCGGUUUGCUCCAUGGGAGUUAUGGGGCCUUUUUUUUUUUUUUUUUUUUAUUUCCAACGCAGAAGCAGAACCUAGAGAGACGGACGCAGGAUGGAUGGGACAGGAGGGACAGGAGGGACAGGAGGGACAGGAGGGACAGGAGGGACAGGAGGGACAGGAGGGACAGGAGGGACGGGAGGGUCUGGAUGCUACGGAUGGAUUGGGUGGUCGGCUUGCCUGUCUCGCCCAAAUCGAAAGCCAGGCAGGAUUAAUUCAUGGAUACGGGAGAUAUUCUACCCUUCUCUUAGAAAGGCAGAAAGAAGCAAAUACGGACGACGACGACGACGACGACGACGAAGCCAGCAGCAGCAGCAGCAGCAGCAGGACGAAGAGAGCAACCUCUCCACCUCAAGGCGAAAUCAACAGCAAAUCUGGAUCUCUUGGCGAUUCAGGGAUGGCCUCAGAAAGGAUAUCUCGAGGCAGCAGAAGAAGCAAAGAGACGAGAGACUCAGAGAGGCCUGUCCUCCUCCCCCUGCUCCAGCGUCUCUCAAGCAGCAUCAUCGUCAGCAGCAGCACCAUCAUCAGCAGCAUCAUCAUCAGCAUCAUCGGCGCCAGCACCAGCACCAGAGCCAGCAUCCCUCCCUCCCUGUCCGCGCUGUCCGGUCCUCAUUGGACCAAUGCAUGGGCCUUUGUGCACUGUGGAUUCCAGAAGCCUUCCAUGGGAUUUCCGCUUUUGGCCGUAGCUAGGCCAGCUUCUUUGGCCUCCCAACGAAACAAAAAGCAAGCAUAA